AUGGGAUGCCGUCAGAGCUCGGAGGAGAAGGAAGCGGCGCGGCGCUCGCGGAGGAUUGACCGGCACUUGCGCUCAGAGAGUCAGCGGCAGCGGCGUGAGAUCAAGCUAUUGUUGCUGGGCACCAGCAACUCUGGCAAGAGCACCAUUGUCAAACAGAUGAAGAUUAUUCACAGUGGAGGCUUCAACCUGGAGGCCUGCAAGGAGUACAAGCCCCUCAUCCUGUACAAUGCCAUUGACUCGCUCACACGCAUCAUCCGUGCCCUCACCACCCUUAAGAUCGACUUUCACAAUGCUGAUCGUGCUUAUGAUGCUGUGCAGCUCUUUGCCCUCACAGGGCCAGCUGAGAGCAAGGGAGAGAUCACUCUAGAGUUGCAGGGGGUCAUGAAACGUCUGUGGGCUGACUCAGGGGUCCAGGAGUGCUUUCAACGAUCCAAUGAGUACCACUUAGAGGACAACACUGCCUACUACCUGAAUGACCUGGACCGCAUCUCUGCACUUGAGUAUAUCCCCACUGUAGAGGACAUCCUACGAUCCCGCGACAUGACCACCGGCAUUGUAGAGAACAAAUUCACCUUCAAGGAGCUCACCUUCAAGAUGGUAGAUGUGGGUGGGCAGCGUUCAGAGAGAAAGAAGUGGAUCCACUGUUUCGAGGGCGUGACUGCAAUCAUUUUCUGUGUCGAGUUAAGUGGCUAUGACCUCAAACUCUACGAGGACAACCAGACGAGCCGCAUGGCCGAGAGCUUACGUCUGUUUGACUCCAUCUGCAACAACAACUGGUUCACCAAUACGUCGCUCAUCCUCUUCCUCAACAAGAAGGACCUGUUGGCUGAGAAGAUCAAACGCAUUCCUCUGACAGUGUGCUUCCCUGACUACAAAGGUCAGAACACCUAUGAGGAAGCAGCUGUCUAUGUACAACGGCAGUUUGAGGACCUCAACCGCAACAAGGAGACCAAGGAGAUAUAUUCGCACUUCACCUGUGCCACUGACACCAGCAACAUCCAGUUUGUGUUCGACGCUGUCACGGACGUGAUCAUCCAGAACAAUCUCAAGUACAUUGGGCUGUGCUAG